UCACAACUCAGGCGUGUUCCAGACGAAUGACUUCGGGAGGAGGUAUUGACAGAUCCGGGUCCGAAGUCCACCAACCGCCUCAAGUCUUGGAAAAAUGAAGGACUACGCCAGCAGCUGCUCUUACAAUGAGCUGUACGAGAAGGUCAAGUGUUGCUCCAAAGAUGGAGACAACUUCUGCAAAGAGCUGAUGACGGUGCUUCAGCAAAGGGCUGAACUGGAGCACACGUACAGUAAAGGCUUGCAGAAACUCGCUGGCAAGUUGAUGAAGGUCGCCAAGGAAAUGCCAAACAACUCCACAUACAGCGCCUGGUGCCACGUGUCGGACGAGAUGUUUUCGCGAGCAGAUGCCCACAGAUCGCUCGGAAAUGCGUUUCAGCAGGAAGCCAUUCUUGAGAUCCGCCAGGUUCUGGACGAACAAGGCAAAAGAAAGAGACCUCUCGACGGCACCAUUGAGAGAGCGGCAAAACUGGUGGCCACCAACUGGAGCGACCAGCUGAAGACAAAGAAGAAAUUGAUGGGAAUAACAAGGGAACACGAGGGGCUGUUCAACUAUCUAGAAAACAGAAAACCCAUCUGCACAGAGAAAGUCAAACAGAAGAUGCUCAACAGGCUGAGCAAGUCGGCAGAGCUGCAGACUCAGGUGGACGAGCAGUAUUUCGACAUCAACAUGGUGGGUCACCAGAUGAGGCUCAAGUGGGAGAACACACUGAAGAACUGCCACCAGAUCACGCUGGAGUUGGAGAAGGAGCGGAUCGAGGUUCUCUCCAACGUCCUGAGCAGAUAUAACCUCCAUCUGGCCAGUUUUGCUCAGGCCCUCGUGCACGGUCAACACCAGGUGGAGCAGGUGGUCAAGAGGGUGGACAUGGACCAGGACAUAAAGACGCUGGUGAAGGAGAACAACAUCAUGUCAGAGGACUAUGUGGCUGAGUUUCUGAUGCUCGAUUACUUUGAGGAGGACAGCAAAACGUUCAUGGUCAAAGACAGGAGAAGAGAGUCCAUCAAAAUGAAGCUCCAUCGUUUGGAGGACACAAUGUCGAAAACGAGGAAGGAGUGUGAAGGUAUAGAAAAGCUGAUGAAGGUUUACUCAGCAAACCCGUCGUUUUCAAAUCAGAGGAACCUGGAAGACACCGAGCAGCAGCUGGAUGAGUAUUCUCUAAAACUGGAUCUCCUCGAGGGUACGCUUCACAAGCUGUCUUCAUCUCUGUCUGAGAUGGACGGCAAACCCAGACCCUUGCAUCGCUUCAGUGACAGAAUAGUCAAGUGGAAAGACAAGGAAUUUGAGCACAGCAUGAUCCGUUUGACCCGUCCAGUCAAACUGAGGAAGACGCCGUUCCGAUCCAGGCAGUCGCUGCGAGCUUCCAUCAUAUACAAAGGACCCGUUCAUGCCGUGACACAGACACCACGACUCACUCGCCAGGUCUCCGCCAUUGCCACGACACACAGUGGAAAGAAAGUGUGUGGAGUUCUGCCUGUCAAACGUCAAGACCCGGCAGCAGCGGGGGAAAGUUCCGAGCUGCGCAGUGUGGCACGGUGCAGAGCCAUGUACGACUUCACGCCGGAGGAGAAGGACGAGUUGACGCUAAAAGAAGGCGACGUCCUGGAGGUUUACUCAAAGCACGACGGUGGCUGGUGGUUCGGCGCCCUCAACGGACUGGAGGGACAUUUCCCAUCGAGCUACGUGGAAGAGCUGCCCAAGUUUACACACACAUAAACGUUUGACUUUUUAUUUGUAUGUACAAAAGUGAGCAGCAGAGCAGUUGGAAAGCGGCAUUUUAUAAAUGCCAUAGUGAGCAGAGAAAUCUGAGCUGAUGUAAAUACCUUAGAUUGAAUCGUGCUUGCUCUCUAUGAGCAGUUUUCUAGUGAACAAAAGGUAAAUCAGAAACUACAAACAAGUCACAAUCUAAAACAUGACUGAGCAGAAGCUACAACAAUUCAAUUAAAAGAUAUGCGUCUUUAAAAGUUCUUUCCCUCCUGGGCGACUGAGAUGAAGGCUUUCCUCAAGUUUGCCAGGAACACCGGUAAGUUGUUGGUCUCCUGCAGGUGUUUUUCCAAGUCUGGCAAACACUCCAGCUGAGGGUCACUGGACAUGACUGAGAGAAGAGCACAUUCAAGUGCAGAGACUCAGAAAGUUGCAAUGAACAAGACGAUGAGUGACACAGAGAGGAAGAACACAACCAGGUGUUCUGUCUUACGCUGAUACGCUCCGUCCUUUCGGAGGCCCAUGGUGACCACGUAGGCGCUGUCGAGGUUGGCAGGGUUGAUGUUCCGGUACACAAACUGCAGCUUUUCACCUUCAAUAAAGAAGCCAUUGGAACUCAUGCUUUCAUCACUUCAAUUCAAAAUUAGCAAAUGAAAAAAAAAAAAAAAAGUCACACCUGCAUCCAUUUGUGUCUUUUCACG